UCUGUAUCUGAGGACAACAAGUAGGACAUCGGCUCAGUUUUAAUUUUUUUUUUUUUUUAAUUAUUGGGAGACAAAAUUUUGUCUGCUUCUGACUUUGGAGAAGGUCCCACUUUCUUGUGAAGAAUCUUUUUAGUGAUUUUUUACUUCUUCAGCUCUCUUUUCUUACAAUACACUAUAUGUGAGAUAUACCAAAUGUAUACCAGUAGAAAGACGGUACCGGAAGUCAGAUGAUCCAGAGGUACGUUAGAGGAGCGCAGCCUCCACAUUUCACUGUACAUAGAUCUCGUGAUCAUCUCACAACUUCUACUGAACUCCAGCAUAAAGUUCUAGCAACUUGUGGUGAGAAAAUCUCCUUCUCUCUCUUUCUUCUUCUCUCUCGGUGGAAGCGUGACGGUGUCGUGUUGAACGCACGAGAGAGAUUUCUGCGCUCCUGAGAUCACACACUCUUCAUCACACACUCCAUCACACACUCCUCAUCACUCACUCCUCAUUACACACUAAUCACACUCUCCUGACCUCACACAAUUCACACACUCCAUAAAACACUCCUGACCUCACACUCCUCACACACUGUUCCUCAUCACACACUCCUUCACUGUGUGUCAGGAUGAAGCUCCUCGCUCUGGUGUUCCUGCUCUUCUAUUUCUCCUCACCGACCCUGACGGAGGUUGUUAAGUCUUUUGAACAAUCCUGUCCUCAGUUCUUCAUCCCAAACCCGGACAAACCAAGUGACAUCAUCAUCCCCACUGUCUUCCCUGGAUGGCAGUAUAAGAAGAUUUGCCAGCGCUGGCAAGGCAAAUUCAGGUUUGCCACCGUGUACGACACUGUGAGGAGGAUCCCUGUUUACUCGGCCUACACGUUCUCUCAGGAAGGAGAGACUAGACGCACAAAAACGUGGAAAAUUGAACCUCAGCUGGAUGAUACUAAAGGAUCGAGAGAGAUGAUUGAUUCCCCGAGAGAAGCAGGAAGUAUAUAUAACCAGGCCGUGAACUCUGAUUAUACAGGUACAGGGUUUACUAGAGGUCACGUGUUUCCACGCAUGUUUGCUGCUGAUCAGGAUCAAGCAAAUUCCACCUUCACUUUAACUAACGUAGCUCCACAAACACCGGACAGCAACCAAAAAUGGGCCGAGAAAGUGGAGACACUGAUACUUAAAGAAAUAAAUCAGACGUGCGAACUCGACCCUUACCAGGUGUACAUUGUGACCGGAGUCGUCCCAGGGAAGGACUGGAUAUCCAUAAGAAGAGACGGAAGAGAAUAUCCAGAAGGAAUUAACAUUCCCAGUCAUUUUUGGAGCGCUUACUGUUGCAGGAAUAAAAAGAAUCCUGGUAAAUUCAUAACGGGGGCCUACAUCACUAAGCAGGAGAGCUUUAAUCUCAGACGCCCCAACAUUCACCACCUGAAUAUAGAGCUCACUAAACUGUACAAUGAGAAGAUACCUUUCAAUGUGUUUCCAGGAUUACACUGCGUCUGGUACAGGUCACUUAGAUUUCAGGACCCAGGCACCCCAAAAUUCGGCAUCUACUCUCCAAUCAACUGAUGAGCAACCCAGUUUUAUGAUUUUUAUUGAGGGCUACAUUCCACAGUGUCACACACCCACAACUAGCUCCAGAAUGACUGCAGCCUACACAAAGACCAGAUAACCCCAUAC